CUCCUCUGUCUAAACCCGCUUCCUGUUCUGUCUCUGCAGGUCACAGAAGGCAUGCCUCUCCGAGAUGGCACCAGACUCUCCUAUCGCAUUAAUGGGUUCCAGGCCUUUGCCAUCACCUCCGUCCUAGUUGUGGCUGGAGUGGCCUCUGGGGUCCUGCGGCUGAGCGCCAUCUACGAUGGCUGCGUGGGUCUGGCAGUGGCAGCUGCCAUCUUGUCAUUUGUGCUGGCCCUCCUCCUGUACGCCCGCUCGCUCUGUGUGCCCGAGUCGGCGCUGGCUCCUGGCGGAAACUCAGGUAAUCCAGUCUAUGACUUCUUCAUUGGCCAUGAGCUGAACCCUCGGAUCGGGAGCUUUGACCUGAAGUACUUUUGCGAGCUGCGGCCCGGCUUGAUCGGCUGGCUGCUCAUCAACCUGGCAAUGCUGGUGAAGGAAUCAGAGCUGCGAGGGAGCCCAUCCCUGGCCAUGAUUCUCGUCAACGCCUUCCAGCUCCUGUACGUCGUCGACGCCCUCUGGCACGAGGAGGCGGUCCUGACCACCAUGGACAUUGUGAACGAUGGCUUCGGUUUCAUGCUGGCAUUUGGAGACUUGGCGUGGGUCCCGUUUACGUACAGUCUGCAGGCACACUUCCUGGUCGGUCACCCCCAGGAGCUGGCGCUGGCCACCGCGGCGGGCAUCAUCCUCCUGAACGCUCUUGGAUAUUUCAUAUUUCGUAGCGCGAACUCUCAGAAAAACACUUUCCGCAGGAACCCUAAUGAUCCGAAAGUGGCGGCACUGGAGACGAUCCCCACGGCAACCGGGAGACAGCUUCUGGUAUCGGGCUGGUGGGGCCUAGUGCGUCAUCCGAACUACCUUGGAGAUCUGAUCAUGGCUCUGGCCUGGUCCCUGCCCUGUGGCUUGGCACACGUUCUCCCGUAUUUCUACGUUAUCUAUUUCACCGUCUUGUUGAUCCACCGCGAGGCCAGGGAUGAGCACCAGUGUCGGCGGAAGUACGGCUCUGCCUGGAACGAAUACUGCAAACGGGUUCCCUACCGCAUCUUCCCGUACGUGUACUGACUGCGCGUCGCGUUCUUCGGUCUGCCGCUUUCUCUGAACACCUGCCUGUGAAUCCACAGACUUUAUUCUGCCCCUCUUCACUUUCCCACCAUCCCUCGGCCCCUCGCACCGGCGACGAGACCGUCCCACCAGCGCCGAGUGGUCGUUCUUGACGCUCGGACCCAAGUGGGGUGCCAGCUGGACAGCCUCGACCCUCUGGCACCUCGUGACAAAGUCCAACUCUGCUCCCGUGUGGUGCCCACCACCAGCAUUUUCCCAAGGGACCGCCGGGAGGCUGAUGGGGAGCUGUGGGAAGAUUUUCCCCGACUGAUCGUCGGAGCGGUUCCGCAGCUUUUGAGUGAGGCCGUCUGAACCGGCCCACCGUUUGAACUUGUUUGUGCUUUCGGUCACUCAGUUUGAGUUAUGGCUCCGAUCUCGACGGUGACAAAUCGCCAAGUCUUCGGCGAUCUCGGACGAUGUAGAAAUUUGACUGUGGCCUUCGCUGUCUAGUUGGGGAACCUGGAGGUAAACUUCAGACAGUAGGGCUGUUCAUUUCUUCAAAGGGUAAAGCAUUGAAUCAGAAACAAAUACCAAACAUGAUCCUUGGAAAAGUGAAAUCAUGUCAACAAAGGGUUCACUUGAUCUGAAUUUGCCUUCCGGUCUCAACCGUAAGAAUCGCAGUUGCUGGGGUGGCGGUGGGGGGUCUCUGCUAAUUCUGGUGGCCCUGCUAUAGGAAUGAUAUUAUUAAGCUGGUGAGGGCUCAGAAGAGAUUUACCGGGAUGUUGCUGGGUAUGGCAG